CACUCAUCUUUAUUUAUAAAUAUAGAAAUCUGGAUGAUACCUCAGUGACAUCUAGUGGCUAUUAUUUGGAUGAAAAACUUAACCUAGUCGACAUUUUGAAAAAAUAUAAUCUAACAAAAAGUUUACGAAUUCUAUAAAAUGGAAAAUUUAUUGGAAAUAGAUGGUUCUGAGUUGGAAGGAGGAGGACAAAUUUUGAGGAUAGCACUUUCUAUGAGCGUAUUGGAAAAGUUACCGGUUAAAAUAAAAAAUAUUAGAGCCGGAAGGUCCAAGCCUGGUUUACUAGAGCAGCAUUUGAAAGGAGUUGAAUUGAUGAGAGAUUUAUCUAAUGCACAUGUAAAAGGAGCACUCUUAGGCUGUGUAUCCGUUGAUUUCUUCCCAAAAAUAUUAAAAGGAGGUUCUUAUCAGGCAUUAGUAAAGACUGCUGGUAGUAUAACAUUAUUACUACAGGUUGCUCUUCCUUGUUGUUUAUUUGCUGCAACUGAUACAGAACUAGAACUUCAUGGAGGUACUAAUACAGACAUGGCUCCCCAAAUUGACUAUACGACUGAAGUUUACCGACCCAAUUUGGAGAAAUUUGGAGCAACUUUUGAUAUGUCUCUAAUCAGAAGGGGCUAUUUCCCUAAAGGUGGAGGCAAAGUAUUAAUCAAUAUAAGACCUGUAAAUGAAUUGAAGCCAGUAACGUUAGUGGAUCGAGGGGAAAUUCGAUCCAUACAUGGAUGGUCUUUUGUUGCUGGUGUACUUCCUAUUAGAAUAGCGGAACAGAUGGCAUCUGCAGCCAGUGAAAAGCUCAAGAGAUUUGUCGAUAAUGUAGAAAUAGAAGUUUACAAGGAAGAUAAGGAAAUAGCACGAGAUAAUGGUGCAGGUAUAAUACUUGUUGCAGAAACCAGUACGGGAUGUAUACUGGGUAGCUCUGAUUUAAUGAAAAGAGGGGAACAAGCAAGUGUUACAGGAACUAGAGCUGCAGAAUCUCUAAUCAAAUCUCUAGAUGAAGGAGCAUGCGUUGACCAAUACUGCCAAGAUCAACUGAUCAUCUUGAUGGCCUUGGCCAAUGGUACAUCUAGGAUAAGGGUUGGGGAGGUUACCCUCCAUACAAAGACCGCAAUUCAUGUCAUCCAGAAAUUUGUCAAAUCGUGCAAAUUCAACAUCAUUCCCGAUGGAAGAACCAACAUAAUUGAAUGUAUUAAAUAGAUACUUUAUGUUCUUUUAAUUACUUUUUAAUCAUCAGCUCAGAUUCUAAAAAUUGUUCUAAUGUGUAUUUUGGUGUCAUCUACCAACCAUUAUUUGCUAAAGGGGUUAUUCCUUUUUGAAUAACAG